AUGGCGAUUGAUCUGAAGGCCGGCGGGCGGAACAAGAAGACCCACAGGACAGCCCCCAAGAGCCGGAAUCCCUACCUCCUCCUCCUCGUCAAGAUCUACCGCUUCCUGGCGCGGCGUACGGGCAGCCCAUUCAACAAGGUGGUGCUGCGCCGCCUCUUCAUGAGCCGCACCAACCGCCCGCCCGUCGCGCUCUCGCGCGUCCUCGAGUACGGCGAGAACAAGGGCGCGGAGGCAGUGGUGACGGUGGUGGGCAAGGUGACGGACGACAAGCGCGUGUACGCCGUGCGCGAGGGCGUCAAGGUGUGCGCGCUCGCCUUCUCCGCCACUGCGCGCGCGCGCAUCGAGAAGGCGGGCGGCGAGUGCCUCUCCUUCGACCAGCUCGCGCUGCAACGGCCCACCGGCAACAACUGCCUGCUGCUGCGCGGCAAGGUGACGAGCCGCGAGGCGUUCAAGCACUUCGGCCCCGCGCCCGGUGUGCCCCGCAGCAACACCAGGCCAUAUGUGCGCAGCGAGGGCCGCAAGCGGGAAAUGGCUCGUGGUCGCAGGAACAGCCGCGGCUUCAAGGUCACGGAUGCAGGCACAGGUGCAGCGGGAGUGUGGCGGCAUGGCCGGCUCGGUCGACCAGCGGCAAGCCGCGCCGUGAGGCCACUGUCGAGCGCAUCAGGCGCGCCGCUCGCCCGUUCUGCUCGCGCGCCGCGGGCCAUGGGUGGAACUGACGAGUCGACGGCGAGCGACGCGGCGACAGUCCAGGAAUGCCGGCGGCCCGCACGGACUCGUCGGUUCGCCAUCCUGCUGGCCGGCCACAGCAGUCCAUACUCGCAGCAGCGCUAUGGCGACUACAGCGGCAUGUUCCUCGCGCUGCUCAGGGAUCACGGCGGAUACGCGCAGGGCGAGAGGGCGCGAGGGGAAGAGGAAGCGAAGGAGCGGUGGGACGUGUUUUCCGUGGUGGACGGGGAAUUUCCCUCUGUGGACGACCUGCACGAGGUGGAGGCGGUGGUGGUGACGGGCAGCAAGCACGAUGCACAUGCGGACGACCCCUGGAUCCUACAGCUCUGCGCGCUGCUGCAGCAAUUGCACCGCCGCCGCACCAAGAUCCUCGGCGUCUGCUUCGGCCACCAGGUGCCUCUCUGCUUUGGCCACCAGGUGCCUCUCUGCUUUGGCCACCACGUGCCUUGCGUCGCCAUGCAGGUGGUGGGGCGGGCUCUGGGGGGCCGCACGGGGCGGGCAGCAGUGGGGUGGGAGCUGGGGAUCAAAGCCGUGCAAUGCACUGCUGACGUGGCAUCGCUGCCAUAUGCUGCUGGCCUGCCAUCGUCGUUCAAGAUUCUGGAGAUCCAUCAGGACCAGGUGUUGGAGUUGCCACCCGAGGCUGUUCUCCUGGGCUCAUCACCGCGCACGCCCAUAGAGAUGUUUGCCAUUGGGGAGCAUGUGCUGUGCAUGCAGGGACACCCCGAGUUCACUAAAGACGUCGUGGAGGACCUUGUAGUGAAUCGAACCAAAGAUGGGUUCCUUCUGACUGCCUCACCCCAUCAGACCAGUCACCUAAGUCCCGCCAUGGCUCGCGGUGCGUGCGCGAGUCCAUUGCUAUGGGCAGCCGUCGCAGCGCUCGUGCUACUCGGAUCAACAGCGGCGGCGGAGGAGGGAGAUCACACGCUCAGCGCGAGCGUGGCGAAACUGACGGACGCCAACUUCAAGCGCAAGACCAAAGGCCACACCUUCGUCAUGUUCUAUGCCGAAUGGUGCGGGCACUGCAAGCGCCUCAUCCCCACGUGGUCGCAGCUGGCGGACGAGCUCAAGGAGGCGGGCAGGAGGGACGUGAGUGUGGCGGCGCUGCUGGCGACGCAGCACCAGAAACACCCCGCCGUGGGCUUCAUCCAGGGCUUCCCCACGCUGCUCUGGUUCCACGGCGGCCAGAUGGUCGCUGAAUACUCGGGCGACCGCAGCAUGGCAUCGCUGAGGGCCUUCGUGGAGGAGCAGGCCGCGCUGCAGGGGGCAGCGCUAGCGCGCGCCAAGAAGGACUUGAAGGCCGCCAUGGAACAGAAAAUACGCGAGCGCCAGGAGGAGCAGCAGCGCGCCGCCCAGGAGCAGCGCCGCAUCGAGACGGAGUUUGCCGCCCGGGUGCCGGAAGUCAGCCUGAGUGACCCGAGCAGGGUGGAGGGCAGGCACGUGGUGGUGCUGCACUAUGCGGACUGGUGCCACGCGUGUGGCGCCAUGAAGACUGCUCUGCUGGACCUGCAGGCGCACCCCCCUGUGGACGGGCUGCUGGUGGGGCGCUUCAAGGACUCCCAGGCCGGCCUGCUUGCUGCUGGUAACACCCUGCGUAACGGCCAGCCUACGACGUUUUUCGUGAGCGACGGGCGGAUUGUGGAUGCGUUGAAAGGGGUUAAGAAGGGUGAGGAGGUGCGCGAGUGGGUGAAGGAGCUGGGGGAGUUGAGUGAGGAGGAGGUGGAGGAGAGGGGGAGGGAGUGGAGGGAGGGGGUGGAGGAGGAGGUGGAGAGGUUGCAGCGUGAGGAGAGGGAGAAGAUUCAGGAGGAGGUGAGGCGGAAGGAGGAGGAGAAGAGGAGGGCGAAGCUGCAGAAACGCAAGCAGAAGACGAGGUGGGCGGCGAGGUGA